ACAAUCACUAAAUCGUGCUGCAACUGGAUAAAACCAGAUAAAACGCGGACCGGACGGUACGGGAAAAUGGUGCCGCGCGCUGAUCUGGUAAGACGAUAAGCAAGUCGAGCAUAUCUGACAAUGACGCACACAGAUAAGAUGUAUUGGCCUUCGCAUACCCUUGUCAUCAGGAUGUCGUCUGCCAUCUGUCGAAACUGUUUCUACUAUGAAAACAAGACUGUUCGCUCGGCGGCGGAUUGCUUGGAUUCUGCCUUCUUUGGCGCUGGUCGCGUUUUUCCUGAAUCGUAGUUUCCAAGGAGCAGGUUCCGGAGAUGUUCACGGAGCAGGUGUCAAAGGACACAUCCUCCGCCGCGUAUUAUCCAGCGAGGACAACUUCACUGAUGUCCCGGGAACGACACCUAGUCCUCGCUGCAUUCCAAGCUCCAUCAACGACUUCCCGAGCGACUUCUUGACGCAAGAGCAACGACGGCAAGGAGGAGUCAUUCUGCAUUUCAUUAUCGUCUUUUAUCUCUGCGGCAUCUUGGCUUACAUCUGCGACGAUUAUUUUGUCCCUUCAUUGGAGCUAAUCGCUGAUUUUCUUAAGGUUCCCAGCGAUGUCGCAGGAGCUACUUUCAUGGCAGUGGGCACUUCAGCCCCCGAGUUAUUCUCUUCAGUCAUAGGUUCGUUCAUAACCGAGGGCGACAUCGGGGUGGGCACUAUCGUGGGGUCGGCAGUCUUCAACGUUCUCGGCGUAACGGGCGUUGUGGGACUCGCCGUCUGGAAAAAUGACGUGCAUGUUGAUUGGUUCCCUGUCACACGUGACUGCACCAUGUACGCAGUAACUGUGAUUGCUCUCAUAGGAGUCAUCAGCAACAACGUCGUCCAGUGGUACGAAGCACUAGUUCUUAUCCUCCUGUUCGUCAUCUACAUUGUCAUCCUGAUGUUCAACGCCCGCAUCCAGUACGCAUCCAUCCUUCAGGUACGCGAAGAGUGGGCGUUGCUUGUGGCCGCAUACCGAGCUUACCAGGCGCGGGAAGAGAGAUCCUCCGACGGGGCAGUGCCCUGCCUCUGGGAAGACUGCAACGGGGGGCAGCAGUACCACGUUCAUUCGGUCCGCAGUAAGGUUGACUUGGUGAAGCAGAAAUGGUUCGGCAGCACAGGAAGCGUCCAAAAGGAAAAUGAGCCGACUGAGGAGACGCCUUUGCUGGGAAGUGCCCAGCACCGUCAGUCGGUGCACAGGGCCGAUGCAAGAAGCUACGACACCGUUGCCGGGCUCGUCUAUGUCUCUCCGAAGGACAGCCUUCCAGUCAGUGAUGCCGUUACCCCUACUGACGAUUCGGAAGAAGACAGCCUCUGGUCUUACCCUUCUGGAAGUCUACUGAAACGCGCCUCCUGGGUUCUGUUCUGGCCGGCCAGGCUUCUGUUGCGCUUCACUAUCCCGGACUGUCGUUCUGAAGAAAAGGAACGCUGGUCCGGGGUCACGUUCGUCAUGUCUGUCGCCUGGAUCGGGGGAGUCUCUUACCUGGCUGUGUGGAUGGUCACCAUCAUCGGUUACACCCUCGGCAUUCCUGAUAGCGUGUCCGGCAUCACCAUACUGGCGGCAGGGACGAGUGUACCCGAGCUCAUAUCGAGCGUUAUCGUCGCACGCACAGGAUUGGGCAACAUGGCGAUAUGUAACCUCUUGGGCAGCAACAUCUUCGACAUCCUCUUCUGCCUCGGUGUGCCCUGGCUUAUCAAGACGCUGGUAUCGCCCACCAAGUCGUUGGCGAUCAACAGCUCCGCCUUGACCUACACCACGGUCGCCCUCCUCUCCACUGUCCUGCUCAUGUUUGUAACAUUCUUAGUAGCUAGAUGGAAACUUAACUACAAAGUAGGCUUCACGUGCAUAGUCAUGUAUGUCAUGUUCAUCAUCAUCGCCUGUAUGUACGAACUGAACGUCUUUGGUGAGUUUAGUCUCCCGCCCUGUGCGUAAGUGGAGGAGAUACGCUUGGCAAGGAGUAAAAUUUCUGCGGCGAAGGAGUAAAGUCACUCCCGGGGGAUCAAAGUGUAGCACGGAAGGCGUGGAAAGUGUUUGUGGGUGUUUUACACAAGCUGCAAGACAAAAAGAGCUCAGGAGUUCGCGGAAAGGAAUGAAAGGACUGUCACUGGUGUAAGCCACUAAGUAUACGGCCCUGUGGGCAAGGAGUACAUUUUGUGGAACUUACAAGUAGGAAGGAGAAUAUUCCGUAACUCCAAAAAUGAAGUGUAACCUAGCAAAUUUUCAUAUUUUCUUUUUUUUUUUGUUUUCACUACAAAAGCAACGAAUGGACCGCCAUAGGAAGCAUGUAAAAGCGCAGGAGUAACACGUCUCACGCUAGGGAGUAAUUUGACUCCCCCAGCACGCGGUAUCUCUCGUAAGCGAAGAUCUGAAUGCCGCAAUAACAGCGUCUAGAAAGAGUCAGAUGAUCCACAUAUCUGUUUUCCUUCUAAUCGUAUAAUGUAAUAACGCGCUCUUGUGUGAGCAUCAGACACACGAUUGUACGCAGGUUGUGCAGAACGUCGAGCGUAAGCCGAUAUACGAAAUAAUUUUAGCACAAAAAAAGGUGUACUUUGACUCCUUUUUCUUGCCACAUAUAUUUACUCCCUACUGGAGAGUAAUAUUACUAUUACUAUUAUUAAAUUGUACUCUCCAAAAGGGAGUGAUAUAUGUGGCAAGAAAAAGGAGUCAAAGUACACCCUUUUUUUACCAGUGUACAAAUGUUUUGCUUUCCCUUCGCCCAUAUAUUUGCGGCAAACCUCCAGGUUUGUGCGUUUUAUUACUUUUAGAGUUCCUAUUUUUACAUUGCGGGUCAGUGCUCACUUCAGUGUAUCUUUUAACAAACUCGCGGAUCCAGGUGAGAUAUGUACUAAUUCUAAGUUGGAAUUGUAAGUAACACAUUUGCUGGAAGCAAUGAGUCGAGCAUACAAUCGUUAGCUAUAACUAACAAUAUUUAUGAUACUGCAAAGACACGUUUAUUUCUAACGACAGAACAUACACCAUCAGUCUGUUUGAACUUGCAUGUUGUCGGACAUAACUGCGUACGUGCAUCUCGUAGCGUUGAUCAUUUGAACAUUUGACAGGCUAUUUUAAUACUUGUUGUUUCAAAUGUACGAGUGAUCUUUUAAAAUAAACUGGUCUCAAAACAC